AGAUGACACAGUUGUUCCCCCAGCCCUGCGGGGCGGGCAGCACGGUUCACUCCGGCAUGGGGGCUCCAGAAAUAAGAAUGUCUAAGCCCCUGGAGGCCGAGAAGCAAGGUCUGGACUCCCCAUCAGAGCACACAGACACGGAAAGAAAUGGACCAGACACUAACCACCAGAACCCCCAGAGUAAGACCUCCCCGUUCUCCAUGUCCCCAACUGGCCCCAGCACCAAGGUGGGCAUUCUCUCUGGCCUCCACUUAACAUUCUGGGGUCCCGGACCCUGCCUCUCUCCUCCCCAGAUCAAGGCUGAAGACCCCAGUGGCGACUCAGCCCCAGCAGCACCCCCGCCCCCCCAGCCAGCUCAACCACAUCUGCCCCAGGCCCAGCUCAUGCUGACGGGCAGCCAGCUUGCCGGGCUCACGGCGCUGAUGCCCGCCCAGCAGCAGCUCCUCCUGCAGCAAGCACAGGCCCAGCUCCUGGCCGCCGCCGUGCAACAGUCCAAUGCCGCCGCCGCCGCUGCCGCCUCCUCCACCUCCUCCUCCUCUUCCUCCUCCUCCUCCUCUGCCUCCUCCUCGACCUCGCAGCCCCCAGCCUCUUCUGGGGGAGGCGACCUGUCACAACCACAGCCUGCCAGCCAGUCCCCUGGGACCCCGCAGCUCACCCUGUCCCAGCCUAUCCAGCUCACAGCACAGGACAUACAGCAGCUCCUCCAGCUCCAGCAGCUGGUGCUUGUGCCGGGUCACCACCUCCAGCCACCUGCUCAGUUCCUGCUGCCGCAGGCCCAGCAGAGUCAGCCAGGCCUGCUACCGACGCCAAAUCUAUUCCAGCUACCUCAGCAAACCCAGGGAGCGCUUCUGACCUCCCAGCCCCGGGCCGGGCUGCCCACACAGCCCCCCAAAUGCCUGGAGCCGCCAUCCCAUCCCGAGGAGCCCAGUGACCUGGAGGAGCUGGAGCAGUUCGCCCGCACCUUCAAGCAACGCCGCAUCAAGCUGGGCUUCACGCAGGGUGACGUGGGCCUGGCCAUGGGCAAGCUCUAUGGCAACGACUUCAGCCAGACGACUAUCUCCCGCUUUGAGGCCCUCAACCUGAGCUUCAAGAACAUGUGCAAACUCAAGCCCCUCCUGGAGAAGUGGCUCAACGAUGCAGAGACUAUGUCUGUGGACUCCAGCCUGCCCAGCCCCAACCAGCUGAGCAGCCCUAGCCUGGGUUUCGAUGGGCUCCCUGGCCGGAGACGCAAGAAGAGGACCAGCAUCGAGACAAAUGUCCGCUUCGCCUUAGAGAAGAGUUUUCUAGCGAACCAGAAGCCUACCUCAGAGGAGAUCCUGAUGAUCGCAGAGCAGCUGCACAUGGAGAAGGAAGUGAUCCGCGUCUGGUUCUGCAACCGGCGCCAGAAGGAGAAACGCAUCAACCCCUGCAGCGCGGCCCCCAUGUUGCCCAGUCCGGGGAAGCCAGCCAGCUACAGCCCCCAUCUGGUCACACCCCAAGGGGGUGCUGGGACCUUGCCGAUGUCCCAAGCUUCCAGCAGUCUGAGCACAACAGUUACUACCUUAUCCUCAGCUGUGGGGACGCUCCACCCUAGCCGGACAGCCGGAGGGGGUGGGGGCGGGGGUGGGGCCGCGCCCCCCCUCAAUUCCAUCCCUUCUGUCACUCCCCCACCCCCGGCCACCACCAACAGCACAAAUCCCAGCCCUCAAGGCAGCCACUCGGCUAUCGGCUUGUCGGGCCUGAACCCCAGCGCGGGAAGCACAAUGGUGGGGUUGAGCUCCGGGCUGAGUCCAGCCCUCAUGAGCAACAACCCUUUGGCCACUAUCCAAGCCCUGGCCUCUGGUGGAACCCUGCCCCUUACCAGCCUUGACGGCAGCGGGAACCUGGUGCUGGGGGCAGCAGGUGCGGCCCCUGGGAGCCCCGGCCUGGUGACCUCUCCGCUCUUCUUGAACCACGCUGGGCUGCCCCUGCUCAGCGCCCCGCCUGGCGUGGGCCUGGUCUCGGCAGCCGCUGCAGCUGUGGCGGCCUCCAUCUCCAGCAAGUCUCCUGGCCUCUCCUCAUCCUCCUCGUCCUCGUCGUCCUCCUCCUCCUCCUCCACUUGCAGUGAGGCCGCAGCACAGACCCCUGGAGGCCCGGGGGGGCCGGAGUCAGGGUCCAAGCCUGAGUGAAGGCCCGUCAAGCCUCCCCUCCUAUACCUCUGACUUCCACCUUGGUCCCUUGCCCAGAAGAGGGCGAGGAGGCCAUUGGUGGGGGCGCAGAGGGUCCUCGGAGCAGAAGUGACAAGGGAGGACAGACCAAAAAAAAUCAAACAACCAAAAAAAAAAAAAGAAAGAAAGAAAGAAAGAAACCAACAACAAAGAAAACCAAAAAUAAUCACAACAGAAACCAGCUGCCCCAAAGGAACCAGAGGUGAAACACAAACCAAAACCAAAAACAGACCAAAAAAUCCCCCACAAAACCAAACAAACCAAAAACCAGUUGCAAGCCAGACCUCAGUGUGCUCACCCUCACCGCUAUGACACCAAAUAAGAACCCCCAGCCAGGGGCCGAGAAGCCUCGUGAGGCGGACCUCACCCGGAGACCCUGGCUGUGGGGUCCACCCACAACCUUGCCUCCCCCAGCGGAGGCCAAAGAAGGAAAAAGAACAUGCCAGCCUCCUAGCCUCAGACCCCAGCCCUGGGCCAGAGAAGACAGGGCAUGGCCUGGGGCAGAAGGGGGGGCUCAGAACCGCCCGCCAAAUGUUCCUUUCCAGAAGGCGAAAGAGAAAGGGCCUGAACAACCUUACACCAAAUAUUCAGUAGCUUCAUCCAAAGGAUGUACAGAAUUUUUAGCGUUGUGCUCAACAGAAUGUGUCCCUACCAUGUGUCCCUCUCUCCCCCCCAACCCCCAGCUCUCCUCACCCAGGCAGGGGGUCUCGCUUUAACCUCUUCCCUACCCCAGCCCAGGGAGUGCAGGGGAAGGCCUGGAUGACUUUUCACCCCUGUACCUCCCCGAUUUUCCUUUGAAGGUUGGGCUAGGCCAUUUUGCAAGUUCUAGCUCUCACUCAUCCCCCCAACCCUCACCAGGUCACCCUCCUCUGCUCUGGGAUCUUCUCCCUCCCCAGCCCAUGGGAAGGUGGAAGUUCUAGGCAAGAGGGGAUGAGGUGAGGGCAUUCAAGUUGUCUUUUUUCUCAUCCUUGUCUGUCAGUUUCCCUGAAAAAAAAAAAUCAUAUUCCAGUGCCUA